CUUUGACAAUACUCUGAUUGAUUUACAACUGCGUUUACAAGCCGAGUCCAUGGAUCAGUGGAGAGAAUGAUACAAUGUUGAGAGUGCCAACAAUCGAUAUCAAUACAUGACGCGAGAUGAAUGCAUGCUGCGCGCGCAUUUACAUCAGACGACGGAAGUGCACAGCAGAAACAUCGAGGAAAAGCGACACAGGGAGUGAAAACGAAGCAGAAUUAGUCAAUGGUAGAGAGAGGGAGUAAGGAAAAGAAAGGAGAGAAAGCAACACUGAGGCUGCAGGGUUGCUCGGUGGAGGUGGACGUGGCGGGUCGGGUUCAGUUUGAAGCCAAGCAACUGUGGCGACGGCGAGCCGAAGGCUAAAAAAGCCAUGAAUCGGAGAAACCGCAGGGGCUUCAAAGAUAGGUGUUGCUCCUAACCCAAGGAAGAAGGCUUGGCAUCAGAACAAGCUGUACUAUCAGAGGGACACUCAAGUGGACCAAGGCUCUUUUCAGGGCAAAGUAGUACUAUUCUCUGAUCCAUUACGGGACUAACUGGAGACGGGUGCAUAAGGACUCUGCAGCCAUGGCAGAGUUAGAGACAGAGUGCAUCACGCUAGGACUUGACACGCUGCAUGCAUCAGAGUGUGGCUCACCGCCGCUGGAUCCACUUCGGCCUGAGUGCACCUCGCCAACCCUCCACCUGCUCUCGUCUGACUGCAGCACGCUCGGCACGCUGGCGACAGAGAUUGCAGAGCCCAUGGUCAUGCUGCCUUGUGUGAAGACUGAGCCCGCAGACGACCUGGACCCCAUCCGCACCGUGGACCUGUCAGAGAUCCAGCCAUUGAGCACAGCAGAGCUGGGCCACGAACAGAUCAAGAUGGAGAUCAGUGGGUUGGACUACAUCAAGUCUGAGCACCACGACCUCCACUGCUUCCACAGCUCUGAGUACGAGAGCGACUCGUAUUCUAUGAAGUCCCACUACGAGCCCAGCCUGGUGUUCGACUACAUCACCCACGUGUCCGACAGCCUGGACUACAUCAGGUCGGAGCAGCACGCCGACCUGCAGUGUUAUUACACCACCGAGCUCGGGGCCAUCAAGACUGAGUACGAGCCCAACCUGAUGUCCAACCACAUCAAGACAGAGAUGAGCCUAGAGUCCAUCCACAUGGCCGAGCUCCGGACCGAGCUAAACAAGCUCAGCCAUGACGGGGUCAUGGAAGGCCAUAGACUGGACAACGAGUUCCCUGGCGCAGGAGGCCUCUACGAGCUGCAGUCCACCCAUGCUGGCAAAGGCCCAGGCCACACAAGCCCGAAAGGGCAUAGCACAACCCCACGCAAACCUCGUAACCUCAGUGGUGAGAAGCCUUUCUCUUGCACCCAGUGUGGGAAGAAUUUCAGCACUCUGGGGAACCUCAAAACACACCAGCGCAUUCAUACAGGAGAGAGGCCAUAUACCUGCUCGCAGUGCGGCAAGAGCUUCGGCCAGGCAGGGAACCUGAAGAGGCACCAGCUCAUUCAUACGGGUCAGAAACCCUACGUCUGUGCCCACUGCCCCAAGGGCUUCACCAAAGCAGAUGACCUCCGCUCACACCAGCGUCUACACACCGGCGAGAAGCCCUUCUGUUGCCUUCAGUGUGGGAAGAGCUUCAGUCAGUCCAAGGAGCUCAAAGCCCACCAGCUAAGCCACACCGGAGAGAGGCCUUUCUGCUGCCAACACUGUGGGAAGAGCUUCACCAAGGAAAUGAGCUACCACAACCACCUGCAGAUUCAUACUGGCGAGAAACCGUACUGCUGCUCUCAGUGCGGGAAGACAUUCAGCAACUCGGGGGUCCUCAAAACACAUGAGAAGAUACAUUCCGGGGUGAGGCCAUUCGGCUGCACACAGUGCGGUAAGAGCUUUGGCCGUUUGGGACAUCUUAAAGCACACCAGCAAAUCCACACUGGGGAGCGACCUUUCGCCUGCCUCCAGUGUGGGAAGAACUUCAGCCAGUCAGGCCAUCUCAAAGCACACGAGCAAAUUCACAAAAGAGAGAGAUCAGACAUGAGCAGCUCCAGCAGCAGUGGUGGUAGCAGCAGUCGCAGUACUGAUAGUAGCUAAAUACCUUUAACCUCUUCAAAGUAUUAUUCCUUUUUUUUAUAUAAAUACUAUAUAUAUGUUUUUCCUUACACUUCUCUUACGUUUUUCAUACAUUUUGUGCUUUUUGCUUUAUGUUCUUUGGGAGUCAACUUGACUGAUUUGCUAUUAUGCAACUGUCUAUGUUGGGAUCAGUGAAGUUACUGAGGGACUUAUAGAAAACUUUGUAUCUUGUCUGAUCUGUGUUGUAGUGAGUGCCAUUCCAGUUUCUUUCCUCCAGAAAAAUCACUCAUUGUGUACACCCUUAUUGAUAACAUGUAAUUCCUAAACCAUGUACUGGAAUUCAUUAUUAAAGAAACUAAUGCAACACCAAA